CCCAUCCCACCUCCUCUCUCUCUCUCUCUCCGCCCAUUUCUCUCUCUUCCUCUCGCACGCACCAAGAUUUCUUGUCCGCACCCAGCCUGUUCGCUUCGCUGUUGCUCUAGUUCUUCGGCGCGCCGAUCGAUCCGGGCGUCCGAGCCCAAGAUUCGGUGGAACCUUCCGGCGGGUUGAUUGAUUGAUUGAUUGCCCGCAUGUCUACAGCUGUGGCGGCGGGGAUGCCGCCGGCGCACGGCGGUUUCCGUGGGUCGGGGAGGGGUAAGGGGAAGGCGGAUUCGGAGGAGGAGAGGAAGAGGGAUACAGAUACUGACGGGUUCUUUGCAGAGGAGGAGGAGGAGGGGGAUGGGGCGGUGAGGGAGGAGGAGGAGGAGGAGGGGGCGUUAUCGGAGGGCUCGUCGAUCGGGGUGCCGUCGUCAGACAGCUCGUCGAUCGGGGAGAACUCGGCGCCGGAGGAGGAGGAGGACGACGGGGAGGAUGAGGUGGAGAGCAAGGUGAAGGCGGCAGCGGAGGUGGAGGGGCUGGGCAUGAUGGGAUUGAGGACGCUCGAAUCUUUGGAGGAUGCGCUGCCCAGCAACAGGGGGCUGUCCAACUUCUACGCCGGCAAAUCCAAGUCCUUCACGUGCCUUGCCGAGGCCGCGGCGACGGCGGCCGCCAAGGAGAUCGCCAAGCCGGAGAACCCCUUCAACAAGCGGCGCCGCGUGCUGGCCGCCUGGUCGCGGCGGCGGGCCUCCUGCAGCGCGCUGGCCACCACGUACCUGCCCCCGCUCCUCGCCCCCGACCACGCCGUGCUGGAGGAGGACGACGAGGAGGGGGCGGACCACUCGGAGGACGAGGAUCACGGCAAUGGCGGCGCCGGCACGAGCAGGAGGCGGCCGCCCACCUUCCCUUCCCCUAGGCUCAGCGUGCACACCCAGAUGCUCAGGAACCCGAACGCAAACUCAUUUAGAUCUCCAAGGUCAUUCUCCAUGACUGAUCUCCAAAACGCAAGCUACUAUAACUUCGCUGAAAAUUAGGCUGCUGCUGCUGCUUCUCCUCUCUCGAUCUUUUUAGGUGUGAGAGAUGUUUCUACUCCUACCACUACUACAUAAUCAAGAUAUUUAUGAAACAUCCAUUCCUUGUGAUUGUCA